GAAUGACUAUUGACUGGUGUUGACGUCGACUGCGGAGUGACAGAAUGCGGCGCCUCUCUCCAACAAUCCACCACCCGAAUCCAAUCACAUGCACUGUUGCCUCUGAGACAUCAACAACGAAUCCUUUACGGAUGACCCCGGAGGUCAGGCACUUAAUGAUCACAGCUGAGGGUAGCAAGGAUGCUCUCAUAAGGCAUGCAAAACAGGCCGUUGCAAUGGCUGACUGACACGACAGUUCGACGCACGGACAAGUUUCUUUGUACCACUGUUUCAUAAGUCGAAUUGUACUGCGUCAGCUUUUCCCUGCACUUGGACUUCCACUGGACAUACCUUUGAAAGAGCUGGUGUGUCAGGUAGUCAACCAUUCAAAGCGCUGAUACGAUGUCAAGAAAUGCAUCGACUGGGUCGAUGAAGACAAGGCCAUCCGCACUCCCUACAAAGUCCUUCACUCGCUUCGAGCCUGAACCUCCCACUUCUCCCCUUGGAAGGAGUAGAGCAAGCACCAUACAGUCGGUCACGUUAGCAAAAUCUCCAAGGAAGUCCUCGUUCGGACACGAAGAUGUCUUCGAGAAGCCUAUCGAUGAAGAGAACGAGUCACCCUCCCCAGACCUUGGACGGUCACAAACCCUACCGGACCGAUUCGAUGAGUUGCCCAUAGAAUUGGCAAGCCUGGUGGACAGAUUCGUGGAGUCUUUGAGUGCGAGGAUUUACAACGAGCCGCCUUUGAUAGACCAGCUGUCAGACUUGUUCCAAGAAUUCUACAUAAGGGCGUCUGGUCCAAUCUCGAUCCAUAUUUCCACUCUCAAGUCUCGCUUAAAUCGAGCUUCUUCACCUUCACCUUCGAAGUUGGCAGCACGAUCUAGGGCUUUGCAAAAUACAGCACAUGGCGACUCGCUGGCUCCUCCGACCAAAUCUUCGCAACAAAUGUUGACAGCAUCUGAAGUUACUGAAAAGCGAAAGCAGAGAAAACUACUGGAAUACAAGAGGAUUCUGCUAGAGGAAGCUGUCGAAAGAAUAGCAUGUGAGAAGGUAUAUGACAAGAUAUGGAGACACAAGAGCACGUUAGACGAGGUGAGAGACGAAAAGCUAAGGUCGAAAACAGCUGCCCUAUCCUUGGUGGGAAUUGGGCUGAAGGAUCUCGGCAUCGAAUGGAACAGAGACACGGAAAAGACGGCUGAAGAUGUUCAAGCCUCCCUAUUACCAGCGACAGAAGGGCUUGCGAAGAUGAACGAUGAACACUAUCCGCUGGGCAAGCUGCAGCAUCUGACUGCUGCUCAUAAAGCAAUUGUCGACACACUAUCCUCCAUACACCCUUCCUCAUCAUCCGCAGACGAAAUCCUUCCUACCCUAAUAUACACCUUGAUCAUUUCCCCUGUGGAAGGUAUCAAUGUUAUAAGCAAUCUAUAUUUCAUCCAACGAUUCAGGGCUUCCACCAGAAUCGACGGCGAAGCAGCGUAUUGUUUGACCAACUUGGAGGCUGCCAUCAGCUUUCUCGAAAAUGUCGACCUCGCUAGUCUAAGGGCAGACGAGUUACCGGAAGGUCCGCCUAGAGCUCCGUUACAGACUGGAGCAGAAAGUCCAACCAAGCUUGAAGCAUUCCCUCCUCUUCCUGGUACGGCGCCAACACCUUCCACGCCAACAACGGUAACAACAAUGUCUAACGCAAUGGGUGCAAAUGUGGAAUCAAGCCCAGCAGGAUCAACUAUAAAGCCUCUACCGGAGAAAUCAACGUAUGUCCCAACCAACCGCCACCAGCGCACACUUUCAGACGUUCUACAACCCAUUAGUAAUGCAAACGAGGCACUCCGUUCGACUGCCGAAGAGGGCUUCAAGAACAUCUCCAGCACGUUGGACAAUAGCUUCAAGUUCUUGAUGGGGAAGCUCAAAGAACGAGGUAAUGAAGAUGCCGGUGCCGAAGUGGUCGUCCCGAGAACGCUUGACGAGGCCCGACAGCUUGUCAACCGGCCCCUGACCCCGAACGAAGAUGAUCCGGCUUUGAGUGAAUCGAGCUCCCUUCACGAUGGUCAGCACAUAGGCAUGCCUUCGAGCCUGAGUAAGACAGAAGACAAGUUGUUGGGCCUGUUCGGUGGGCGCAAAGCACCUGCGAGAGAACGAAGUGUGGAUAGCACCACCAGCAACGCAAGUGGAAAACGGUCAGGAUUUGGGGCAGCGAUGACCAGCUCUCCGCCAGACGGACCCCUACCAAGUCCCAGAAAGCUUACUGCAGGUCAGUCCUCAGGCAACAAUCCUCUUGAAUCGGUGAAGAAUUUUGGUGCAAGCCUCAAUCCGAUCAACCAGAUCGGGUCGGCACUCGGAGCUUUUGGGAGGUUCGGCGGCAGAGUAACCACGUCCGCUUCUCCGCCAGCAGUAUCCCCAACACCGAGCAUCGUCGUUGACAACCGGACGGCAGCGGAGAGCGCUGCUGCGAAGCUAGAGGGCAAAUACGAGGUGGAGAAAGCUUCCCUGCGUACGCCUGACAACGAAGAGCUGGCUAGUAUCAGGGCAGCUCCACCCAUAGCACGCUUUAUGUCUCUGAACGAGGCAAAUGAGUUGAAGAUUGGUGAUGUGCAAGACCUGCUCGCGGAUUACCAGCGGCUGGCCAAGCUUUUGGGCAAGCUUGUCCAACGAGCAGAGGAUCAGACAGAUACUGACGAGGCAGAGACUUGAGGUCGAAGGCUCUGCAAGUAGUCCCGGUCCUGAGAGAAGCUGAGAACAACUUUACGUACAUCUACUGGCCACCAGCCCAUGUAGACAAUCAUGAGAAGAUGACAGCUGUUGAAGCACUCCUUCCCGCGGCCCUCUAUAGGAAAGUCGCUUCGGUCCUUCAAUCUACCAAUGAAGAUACUUGUACAGUGGUAUCAU